GGAAGUAUGUUAUCGACGGGGUGCUUGAGCAGCAGCACAACAGCAGCACCUGGGGAGCAGCAGCAACAGAAGUAGCAGCAGCAAUAGCAGCAGCAGCUGCUGCAGCAGCUGCAGCAGCAGCAGCAGCAGCGGUGGCGGCCUUGCGCCAAACUAAUUGCCGGGGCCCAAGCAAUGAGAAGUACAACAAAAGAACUGACUGGCAGUGCCCAAGAAUUUGGGCAGCGCAGCCAACAGCAACUCCUGAAGUGCUGCAGCAGCUUUUUGCUGCUGCUGCUGCUGCUGCUCGCACCAGCAGCAGCACUUCUUCGGAAGCAGCAGCCCCUACGCGCAGCAGCAGCAGCAGCAGCAGCAGCAGCAGCAGCAGCAGCAGCAAGCUCUCAAGCGACGCCAUCUACGAGCAGCAGCUGCAGCAGCAGCGCGCAGAGCGCCGGCAGCAAAAGCAGCAACAGCAGCAAACAGAACGCCAGCAGCAGCAGCAGCAAACAGAACGCCAGCAGCAGCAGCAGCAGCAGCAACGGGAGCCGCAACAGCAAAAGCAGCAGCGGCAGCAGAAGCAGUAG